UGUCUGCGCCCAUGACAGCAUGAUCUGAAUCCGGUUCUAUAUAGAAUAUCGGAUUUUAAAACAGAAUACGUUUCCUGAAAUAAUCGAAUCUAGAUGUCAGAAGCAAUAGAAAAUGCUUUAGAACAAUCACCGAAAACUAAACGAACUCUUACGAAGACAGGAGCUGUGAUACUCGGUGUUUCUGGUGCAUGUUUUGUCGGUAUUUAUGCUGUGGCGGCACCAUUUCUCACACCUGCAUUACGGAAGGUGUGUUUACCUUUUGUUCCAGCGACAACAGACCAAGUCAAGAAUGUUUUCACAGUUUUGAAAGGACGAUCUGGCACACUAAUUGAUAUAGGCAGUGGCGAUGGGAGAAUAGUGAUCGAGGCAGCUAAGCAAGGUUUCAAUGCUUAUGGAGUCGAACUCAACUACUGGCUAGUUCUGUAUUCUCGAUGGACAGCAUGGAGACAUGGGGUCAGUGGCACAGCACACUUCUUCAGGAAGGACCUCUGGAAGACUGAUCUGUCAAAGUACAACAAUGUGGUUGUGUUCGGUGUGGAGAAGAUGAUGCCCCCACUAGAGGCGAAGCUAAAGACGGACCUGUGUAAAGAUGGACAUAUUGUGGCAUGCCGGUUUCCGUUCCACACAUGGGAGGCCAGCAGAACAGAGGGUACAGGUGUGGAUACAGUGUGGAUGUACAAGCACUAAGACCUGUCUGACUACAUGUACACCUUCUACCUGCACUUCAGCAUGUCUGGACCUACGUGGGGCAUCUAAUGGGUGUGUGAAUAUAUCAGCACCAGAGUGAAUGAGUUAGUUAGGAUUUACGCCGUUUUAUGUAAUAUUCCAUCACAGCAGGGAACACCAGAAACGUGCCUCAAACAUUGUAGCCAUUUGGGGAAGUUCAACCCAGGCUUUUGACGUGACGAGCAUACGCCUUAACCACUCAGCUACCCCACUGUCCCUUUAACCACUGGAACCCGUCUGAUUGGACAAUUGCCAAUUGAACAUUAAAGUCUCAGAAUUUUUUUCAACUAAGGAUAAAAGUUGUUUAACAAACGAUCAUUGGUUUGUAUUACUGGGAGUAUGCACUUUAAUGAAACCCCGUGAACAAGAAGGGUUGGUUUCUACAGUAGUCUAAGUUAACGCUCAUCAUGCACCGCACAUGCAUUUGGGAAUCGAACCCAGGUCUUCAGCAUGACAAGCGAAUACUUUAACCACUAGUCUACCCAACCGCCCCUCUGAAUAUGUAGAAAAACAUCACUAAAACCAUGAUAACAGUCUACCGUACAUACACAUUUACACAUACACAAACCCAUAAUUACAUGAAUGUUGAUCUAUGAGAAGAUAAAGGAGCUACUGGCA